AUCUCAACAAUCUGGAACCAAGCCGAGUCUUCCAUCCAAUCAUCAACAUUUAAUUCUUCAUCUAUAACCAGAAUUUUUCAAAACCCAUCAGUAAAUUUGAAUCUUGUGCAGUUCCCUCGCCUCAGACCUUUUCUUCUUUAAUACAAUAUUACUAUUAAAUGGAUCGCAUAGCAAAAUUGGCUUCACAGAAGGCUGUUGUGAUUUUCAGCAAGAGUUCAUGUUGCAUGUGCCAUGCAAUCAAGAGGCUGUUUUAUGAGCAAGGGGUGAGCCCUAUGAUCCUCGAACUCGAUGAGGAAUCGCGAGGACAAGAGAUGGAAUGGGCUCUGAUGAGGCUAGGCUGCAACCCUUCAGUGCCAGCAGUAUUCAUUGGGGGUAAAUUUGUUGGUUCUGCUAAUACCGUGAUGACGCUUCAUGUUAAUGGUUCUCUAAAAAAGAUGCUCAAAGAUGCCGGUGCUAUGUGGCUUUGAUAGUUAUUUAACAAAGGGUGAUGAUCGAGAAUUUACUCUCUAAAUAAGGUCAAUUCUAGUGUUGUACCAAAAUCUUGAUUAGUGGCGGCUCCGACUGAGUAAUUGAGAGUCAUUUUUCUUGGAUUGGAUAUAUAAUAAAAUGUUUGCAACUGUUGAUAUAGCUGAAGCCAAUUUUGCUCUCUUCCUUUUGUUGUUU